UUUCUCGCAAUUUACACACUACACACACUGAACAUUGAACAAUGUCAGCGGAGAAAAGGACGCGCGUUGAGGAGUCGCGGAAAGCGGGCGGGAGCCGGCUGUUCUCGCCAUACCGAGCGCUGGGCUACGUGACCAGCAAUGUAGGGCACUCGAUCCAGCACCUGGGCCAGACGGCGUUCAUCACAACGGCGAUCGGGCGGUCGUACCACGUGUACAACCUAGAGAAGCUGCGGCUGGCGUUUGUGGGCCCGCAGUUUGACAGCGACAUUGUGUCGAUUCUGUCGAUCGGCGAGGAGACAUUUGUGUCAUCGGGCGGGCACGUGCAUGUGUGUCGGCGCGGCAAGAUCAGCGGGGAAUUGGAGUAUGUGGACCGCGGCGAGAUCACGCACCUGAUGGCGUUCGGCAGGCAUAUUCUGGGACUGAGCAGCGACAAUGCGCUGGUGGUAUGGGACAAGGACACGCACGAGGUGUUCACGGAGAUCGAGUUUGAGCGGUCCGAGUUCCAGGUGACGGCGGUGGUGCAUCCAAGCACGUAUGUCAACAAAGUGGUGGUGGGCAGCGCGCAGGGGACACUGCAGGUGUGGAACAUCCAGACGCGGCGGUGCCUGCAUGAGGUCAAGUCGCUGGGCGCCGGCAUCGGUUGCCUGGCGCAGGCGCCGGCCAUAGAUAUUCUGGCGGUGGGACUGCUGGAUGGACGCAUCCAGCUGCACAAUGUGCGCACGGACCGCAGUGUCAUGCAGCUGGCGCAGGAGGGCCGGGUCACCGCGCUGUCGUUCCGCACCGACGACGUGCCGAUGAUGGCGUCGGCAAAUGGUGACGGAGACGUGGCGCUGUGGGAUCUGGACAGCAGGCGACUGGUGCAUGUGAUGCAGAACGCCCACGACGGACCUGUUCCAUCGCUGGACUUUGUGGCCGGGCAGCCGCUGCUGGUGACGUCGAGCGGCGACAACUCAAUCAAGCAGUGGCUGUUUGACGGGCAGGACGGGGUGCCGCGGCAGCUGCGGCAGCGGUCGGGGCAUUUUGCGGCGCCCCAUAUGAUCCGCUACUACGACCAGGAGGGCCGCUCGCUACUAAGUGCCGGGCGCGACCGCACGCUGCGGUUCUUCUCGGUGAUCCGCGACGAGCAGAACACGGAGCUGUCGCAGGGAUCGCUGGCGCGCGAGGCGCGGGCGCGCAAGGCCAGGAUGAGCGAGCUGCGGUUCCCGGCUAUCACGCAGUUUGCAGCGAGCCAUGGGCGGGAGCGUGACUGGGACAAUGUGCUGACGAGCCACCAGGGAGUCAAGGCGGCGUUCACGUGGUCGGUGGACCGCAAGGCGCUGGGCAAAUUCACCAUCGCCAGCGCCGACGACUCGGUGGUGCGUGCAGUGGCCGUCAGCAGCUGCGGUAACUUCGGUUUCCUGGGCCAUGCAUCCGGGCUUAUCGAAAUGGUCAACAUGCAGUCGGGCUACGCGCGCCGCUCGUUCACUGGGCACAGCAAGGCAGUCACGGGCAUUGCCUGCGAUCCGUGCAACCAGCACGUGUUUUCGACGUCGCUUGACGGCUCGCUGCGCAUGUGGGACUUUGGCACUGGCCAGGAGCUGUGGCGGCUCGAUCUGCCGUCGGUGCCGACGCGCCUGGAGCUGCAUGGUGAGUCGGGGCUGCUGGCGUGCGUGUGCGAUGACGCGUGCGUGCGCGUGGUGGAUGCCGAGUCCCAGCGCAUUGUCAGGCGCAGUGAUGGGAGGUGGAUUGUCACGUGCUCACUCGACUCCACCAUCCGCACCUGGGACCUGCCCACCGGCCACAUGGUUGACUGGUUCCGCGUCGCCAGCGUGCCGGUGUCGGUAGCGUUCUCGCCAUCGGGCGACUUUCUGGCGUCAGCGCAUAUGGACAGCGUCGGUAUCUUCCUGUGGGCCAACCGCACGCAGUUUGCCGACGUCACUUUGCGCCAGAUUCGUCCCGACGAGGCCGACCAGGCCGCCAUGGUGGCUAUGCCGACGACCUCGGGGCUGGCCGACGACGAGUCCCCUGACGAUUCUUUGGAGGUUUCGGCAGGCGUGUACUUGACGCCCGAGCAGUUGACUGACAAUAUGGUGACGCUGUCGAGCCAGCCCAAGGCCAAGUGGCAGACGCUAUUGAAUCUGGCCACAAUCAAGAAGCGCAACCGCCCGACUGAGGCUCCCAAGCAGCCCGAGCAGGCGCCGUUCUUUUUGCCUACCGUCGAGGGCGUUGAGCACCGCUUCGACCUGGAGGCAGCAAAUGAUGCUGGGCAGGCCGAGCCGCAGUCGCGCACCGGUAUCUCCACCGCCAAUGUGCAGUCGAAGCUGGCCGUGGCAUUGGCCCGGGCUGCCGAAACUGGCAUCUAUGCGCCGGUGUUUGAUUACCUGAAGACGCUGAAUCCGGCGGCGGCUGAUCUGGAGAUCCGCACGCUGCCGCUGGACGAUGGACUGGUGGCUAUCAAGACGUUCCUGCGCAUGAUGCAGGCUCAGUUGCAGUCCAAGCGCGACUUUGAGCUGGCGCAGGCGUACCUGCACGUGUUCCUGGGCGUCUUUGGCGAUGUGCUCAAGGCCAAUGCCAGCGAGGUCGCCGAUGUGCUGGGAGACCUGCGCAGCGAGGGCAAGGCCCAGUGGGGAGCCGUCGACCAGCUGAUCCGGUACUCUGCGUGCAUGGUGGACUACAUGCGCUCCGCAAAAUAAACAGCAAUCUCUUGACAAAUCUAUUAAAGAACAUUUCAGGCUUUCC